AUGAGUAGCCAUUCUGCCUCCGCGGAUGACGCGGCUUCCCUUCCCGAGUUGCUUUCCACCUACUCCAAUGUUGCGUUGCUGGAUCCGCGCUUCGAGCUCUAUUGGACCGUCAACAGCAGCGACGCGACCAUUCACAUGGCAUUGAAUGCAAAAACUACGGGAUGGUUCGCUAUAGGCAUCUCCGAGAUUGGCUCCAUGGUGGGCUCAGAUGCCCUCGUCGCAUGGGUCGCACAGUCCGAAGCCCGCGUGUAUGCGACGGAUCGCUUCAUCUUCAACAAGACGACCGCCGGAAUCGUACUCGACGACAAGCAGGACUGGCACAUUCUGGGCGGCAGUCAGACCAAGAACCAAUCCACGGGCGACACGUGGACCACCGUGCACGUGUGGCGCAAGCUGGACACGGGCGACUGCAACGACCGUCCCAUAGUUCCCGGGAAGCUUCACAACGUCAUCUGGGCGCUGGGCGCCACGGCUGACGUUAGCUACCACAGCUCCGACCGCGGCGCGUCCUCUCUCGUGCUCGCUCCUGCCCCCGGCCCCUCCAUUAUCGCGCCCACGCCUCCCCCUUCCGCCUCCUCCUCCGCCUCCGCCUCCGCGUCCGCGUCCACUGCGUCUGAUUCGCUCCGAGCAUUUGGGAGGUUGGCUGCGCAGCAGCAGGCAGGGAAGCAGCAGCAGCAGCAGGCAGGGAAGCAGCAGCAGCAGCAGGCGGCGCAGGAGAGCAGGCUGAAUUUCACGUUCACCAACUACCGGGUGCCAACGAACCACACGACCUAUCGCUGCAAGGUGCUUCGCGGUAUAGUGGUGGACAUUGCUCUCAAGACCAAGACUCAUGCGGUUGAGUGGGGUAUCGUGCUCAACUCUACUGACAUCUCAGCCGUCCAUCAUGCCAUCAUCUACGGCUGCAAAGCGUAA